GCGAAAAUGAAUAAAAUUGAAAAAGUUGUAAGAAAAUUAAUUAAUUUCUAUGGAAAGGAUGAAGCUUUUCCCGAAUGCAGUUAUUUAUAUGGUCAAAAGUCAGUUGGCAAGUCGUUGUGCAUUGAAAAGUUCUUAAAAGAAGCCAAAGAUUAUCUACAAACAGUGAUUAUUUAUGCUGAUGAAAUAUAUACAAAAAAUAUUCUUUUUGAAAUUAUAAUAAACAAAUUUAAUGAACAUGUACUAUGUGAGGAGAAUUCUUAUGAGUCAUAUGCUAAAAUUGAUUGUAUGGAAGACUUCCUUAAUGAAUUAUCAGCACUUAGUUCCGAUAAAUCAUAUUUAAUAAUCAUAGAAAAGGCAGAGAAAAUGAGAGAUAUGGACUUAAAUAUACUACAAAUAUUCAUGAAGCUACAAGAGUUUACUGGAUUAAACAUAUCCUGCUUAUUUGUAUCACAUUUAGCAUUUGAGAAGUUUGGAGUUGAAGAUAUGCUUAAAAUUUACGUUCCUGAUUAUAAUAAAAAUGAUAUUACUGAGAUCUUUAUGACCAAAUACGAGGAUAUACAUGAAAGAAUCAGAGUCAAGAUUGAAGACAGUAACAUUAAUGAUAAUAUGACACAAUUGGAAGCCUUCGAAAGCAUGAAUGAAGAGUUUUUCAAAAAUUACCUCAAUUUAUUUUUAAAUGUCUUUUAUAAAGCCUGUCGUGACUUAAAGGAACUAACAUUUCUAUUAGAAAAGUGUUAUUCAUCAUAUUACUCUCCAGUUUUGAGUGGUGAAAUUAAGGCCAAUGACGUCACAAAUCUUUGGAGACACGUCUCUAAACAUUUAAAGACAUCCCUUAACACAAUAUAUAUGCGUGUUGAAAAUGAUGCAACUAAUGAAUUUAAAAACAAUGAGAAUGCUGAGGAUGGAUUUGAGAUAGAGAAGAAACAAAGCAGCAUAAAGUCAUUUGCUCAAACGCUUGAACUGCCAUUCUAUGCUAAAUAUUUGCUGAUUGCUAGCUUUCUUGCUAGCCACAAUGAUGCUAAAAGUGACAAAAAGCUGUUUAUGAAAAAUCAUGGCAAAGAGAGGAGACGAAGGCAGCAAACAAAACUCUCAGACAAGAUGAAUGUUCAGUUUGGUCCGAAAUCAUUCAGCAUUGAUCGUCUCUUGGCCAUUUUCUAUGCUAUUCUGGAUGAAAAAGUCGGUUUAACAUGUAAUUUGCUGUCUCAAAUAUCAACUUUAGUGGAUCUCAAUUUCUUAACAUACGUGUCUGGAGAGAAUAAUAUCAUGGAAGGAACAGCUCGUCUACAAAGCACAAUAGGUUUAGACUUUGCCAUAAAUAUUGGAAAGCUUGUUGGAUUUAAUGUUAAGCAGUAUUUGGUUGAUUUUCAUUAAUUGCAUUUUAACGGUUUUCUUAAAUUUAAAUUUUAUGAUUUUCAUUGGAAUAUUCCAGACUGGAAUCUUUAAAAAAUAAAAACCAUUAUAUUCAUUGGAAUUUUCCAGUCAAUUUCAAAAGCUGAAAACCCGAUAGAAAUUUAAAAUAAG